UUACAAGUGAUGUGAUUACUCACAAAAGUCAAAAAUGCCAAAUGAAUGGCUUAUGUAUUCUUUAAUCAGUUUGUUGUAAAAAAUGGCAAAAACUUACGAUUAUUUAUUUAAAUUACUCCUUAUAGGAGAUUCCGGUGUGGGAAAAACAUCUAUAUUAUUUAGAUUUUCAGAGGAUGCUUUCAAUAUUUCUUUUAUAUCCACAAUUGGUAUUGACUUUAAAAUUCGGACAAUAGACCUCGACGGAAAAAAAGUUAAAUUACAAAUAUGGGAUACCGCAGGCCAAGAAAGGUUCCGUACAAUAACAACAGCAUAUUACCGAGGUUCAAUGGGUAUCAUGCUUGUGUAUGAUGUUACAAAUGAGAAGAGUUUUGAAAAUAUAAAGAAUUGGAUAAGAAAUAUUGAAGAGAAUGCUAGUGCUGAUGUGGAGAAGAUGAUUCUUGGAAAUAAGUGUGAUUUAGAUGCUAAAAGACAGGUAUCAAAAGAGAGAGGUGAACAAUUAGCCAUAGAAUAUCAGAUUAAAUUUGUAGAGACAUCAGCAAAAGACUCUCUAAAUGUUGAAUAUGCAUUCUACACACUAGCAAGAGACAUAAAGGCUAAAAUGGAGAAGAAACAGGAGGCGAGUAAUCCGCCGGCACGCAGUGGCGCCCAUCAGAUCAAGCCGAACGACCCGAUGCGCAAGCCGACGUCCUGGCUAUCGCGCUGCAGCCUGCUCUGACAGCAUCCCGCUGCCCCCCCGCCCCGCGCCAUCGCACUCGCUACUCAAUAAAGUGGACAAUUUUAACGUACCCACCUCAACUAUAUUUUUCGACCUAUAUUUUAUAACUGGUGCGUAAAUUCCACGCGGGAGGCGACUCGCUUUUUGUAUUUUUAUAUCCGCGACAUUACCUAAUAAUUUGUCAUUUAGUUAAUUUUAAACAGUAUUCGUCAUAAAUAACUUGUACAUUAUAUUUCUUUUUAAAAUGACAAUUAUUUUGUAGAAUAAAUAUUUCUUGGUGUUACAUUUUCUUAAGUAA